AUGGGUGUAAUCAGCACUGUUCUUGGUUUCACUGGAUUUGGCUUUGGGUUCUCUGCUGGCAUUGUUAUUGGGUACUUCCUCUUCAUCUAUGUCCAGCCAGCUGAUGUCAAGGAUGUCAAAGUUCGCCCUCUUGUGGAAUAUGAUUCAAAGUCUUUGGAGGGCAUCCUUCCUGAAAUUCCAUUGUGGGUCAAGAAUCCCGACUAUGAUAGAAUUGAUUGGCUGAACAGGUUUUUGGAAUUGAUGUGGCCUUAUCUUGACAAGGCUAUCUGCAGAACUGCACAGGAUAUCGCAAAACCAAUUAUUGCUGAGAAUACUGCAAAGUAUAAGAUAGACUCUGUUGAGUUUGAAACAUUUACUUUGGGUAGUCUACCACCCACCUUUCAAGGGAUGAAAGUCUAUGUCACAGAGGAGCAAGAGCUAAUAAUGGAACCAUGUCUUAAAUGGGCUGCAAAUCCAAAUGUCACUGUUGUUAUAAAAGCUUAUGGUUUGAAAGCUACUGUUCAGAUUGUUGAUCUACAAGUCUUUGCAUUACCUCGUAUUACUCUGAAGCCAUUAGUGCCUACAUUUCCUUGCUUUGCAAAAAUCCUUGUCUCGCUCAUGGAGAAGCCACAUGUUGACUUUGGGCUAAAAAUUCUUGGAGCUGAUGUAAUGGCUAUUCCUGGUCUUUACAGAUUUGUUCAGGAGACCAUCAAGAAGCAAGUGGCAAUCAUGUAUUUGUGGCCGAAGACGCUAGAAGUACCUAUAAUGGACCCCUCAAAAGCAUCAAAAAAGCCUGUCGGAAUUCUACUUGUGAAGGUUGUAAGAGCCCAAAAUUUGCGAAAGAAGGAUCUGCUGGGUAAAUCAGACCCAUAUGUGAAACUUAAAAUGUCAGAUGAUAAGCUUCCAUCCAAGAAGACUACUGUAAAGCGCAGCAAUCUCAAUCCAGAGUGGAAUGAAGAUUUUAAGUUUGUUGUGACUGAUCCAGAAAACCAGGCUCUUGAAGUUAAUGUCUUCGACUGGGAACAGGUUGGGAAACAUGAAAAGAUGGGAAUGAACAUGGUCCUACUGAAAGACCUCCCACCUGAGGAGACUAAAGUUACUACCCUCAACUUGCUUAAGACCAUGGAUCCAAAUGAUGUACAAAAUGAGAAGUCUCGUGGCCAGCUUACUCUAGAGCUCACAUACAAGCCUUUCAAGGAAGAAGAUGGGGAGAUAGAAGAUCCAGAGGGUACCAAUGUGAUAGAAAAAGCUCCAGAUGGUACUCCAGCUGGUGGUGGAUUGCUUUAUGUUAUUGUUCAUGAAGCCAAAGAUCUUGAGGGGAAGCACCAUACAAACCCCUAUGCAAAAAUAAUUUUCAAAGGCGAAGAGAAGAAAACAAAGGUCAUCAAGAAGAAUAGGGAUCCACGAUGGGAGGAUGAAUUUGAGUUUGUGUGUGAGGAGCCUCCUGUAAAUGAUAAACUACAUGUUGAAGUCCUAAGUAAAGCCCCGAAGAAAGGGCUGAUAUAUGGCAAGGAAACUUUGGGCUACAUUGAUGUCAGCCUUGCAGACGUGAUCAGUAACAAGAGAAUUAAUGAGAAGUACCAUCUCAUAGACUCAAAAAAUGGUCAGAUCCAAAUUGAGCUGCAGUGGAGAACUUCCUAG